UUUUUAUAAAGUGGAUCUCAAUAGGUUCUUUUUAUGCUAACGUGUACCACCUUCAGUAUUUGUUCGCAUGGUUCAGCAUCUGUACUGUAAAACAACUAGGACUACGGGCGUGAACAUUCUCAUUUCCUCUCUGCUUUUUCGUAUUUACUUCUGUUAUACGUGCGUAUAUCUGGAUGUGGAAAUUCGAUAAUAAGUUUAUCAUGAGUAUGGACAGUAUCGAAAAAUUGUACAAAAAUUUUGGCAUUUUGGCUGAUGCCAAAGAUAAAUUGGCUGAGCAUGAGAAAGAGUAUUUAGAAAUUCUGACAGCAGUGAAAGGAUCACCGAAAGAAAAACGAUUAGCAUCGCAAUUCAUUGCAAGGUUUUUUAAAUAUUUUCCAAAAUUAGCUGAUCAGGCUAUAGAUGCUCAUUUAGAUCUAUGUGAAGAUGAAGAUAUGGCUAUAAGAAAACAAGCAAUUAAAGAUUUACCUGCAUUAUGUAAGGAUAAUAAAGAACAUACAGCUAGAAUUGCUGAUAUUUUAGCUCAAUUACUUCAAGCUCAAGAUCCUUCUGAAUUGGCUGUUGUUCAUAAUAGUGUUAUGUCCCUUAUGAAAACUGACCCAAGAGGAACAAUAAGUGGAUUUUUUAGUCAAAUCAUCAAUGGGGAUGAUGGAACACGGGAACGUUGUAUUAAGUUUCUAGCAACAAAAUUAAAAGCAAUAGGUCAUGACAUUAUUACUAAAGAACCAGAAGAUCUUUUAAUUUCAGAAUGCAAGAAAGUGUUACAGGAUGUUACUGCUGAUGAAUUUCAUAGCAUUAUGGAAGUACUUGCGUGGACUAGAUUAGGUUCAACAAUUAGUGGACAACAAGAAUUAGUAGAUAUUACAGUUGAACAAGCUGAAUUGUCAGAACCAUUCAAGCAUACUAAUGUUGAACAAUGGAACAGACUUGUACAAUGUAUUAAACACGCACUUCCAUUCUUUAGUUCUCAAAUAGAUUCUUCACGAUUCGUUUCUUACAUUUGUGUACAAGUUUUACCACAUCUUUCUUUAAUUACUUCACCCAAUGGAAGAGAUGUACAAUUGGAAUUAUUAAAGCUUCUUGCUGAAUUAGCUGUAUUUUGUGGAACAAUUGAUAAACCAGAAGAAAAAGUACAGCAACUUUAUAAUACUCUUAUUACAUAUAUGCCAUUACCUCCAGUCACAGAAAUAACUGAAGUACCAAAAUUACAAUUCAGUCAUGUUGAGUGCCUUAUGUAUACUUUUCAUAAACUGUGUAAACAAACCCCGGAAUUUUUAAUGAAAGAUCCAGAACAGCUUAAGGAAUUUAGAUUAAGAUUACAGUAUUUUGCACGUGGCAUUCAAGGUUAUAUAAAAAAAUUACGCGAGGCAAUUAGCGGCAAAUCAGAAGAAGAGUUGAAGUCAGAGGAAAAUCAAUUAAAAGUUGUUGCUUUAAAAACGACAAAUAAUAUCAAUAGUUUAAUUAAAGAUCUGUUUCAUUCGCCACCUAGUUUUAAAAGUAUUAUACAUCUUUCAUGGAAAACAACAGCUAAUGAUAAGAAGAAUGAAAAGCAUUCAUCUGCUCAAAAAAGACAUACACCCAUUACGUUUGGAAAUGAUAGUAAUGCAAAUAAACGAAGUAAAGAAGAUAAAAGUAAAAGGGAAUUAUAUACUCCUCCUAGUGGAAAAUACAGCUCAAACAUAUCAUCAAAUUAUGGUCGAGGUAGAUUUAGAGGAAAUAGGUCAGGUGGUCGAGGUGGUUAUAGACCAAGAGGUCGUGGAACAUGGAGAAAAAAUUUUUAUUAAUUAUUUAAUUACUGGAAUUGUUGAAAAAUGAAAUAGUAAAAGCUCCAAUAAUAUAAAAGACUAAACCAGUUCUGUAAAAUGUACAUAUUAAGAUGAAGGACGUAAAAGUGAUUAUUUACUGAAAGUGAAUUUAAGAGAAGUGACAAAGGGAGAGAAAUACAAUUUUUUUAUCCUAUAAAUCUUAGUGUAAAGAAAGUGUUUUUCGUGAAAGCUUUAAGUACACAUACAAGUUUCAAAUACAAAAUUGUAAGAAUUGAUUGUUUACUAAACAUAGUGAUAAUGUCAAUAAUGAAAUAUUGACAUUUAAAGAAGAGAACAUUGCUGUGUAAUACUGUACUAAUGGUGUUAUGAGAACCUUUUUUUAUAUUCAUUAUUAAAUAACUGGAAAAUACAAUUUGAAGAAACCUGGGUUUACAAAAGUGAACAACUAUGGAGAAAGAAGUGGAGAAACUUGAUAUCAUGAACUUGAAGAAGUGUUUAUUACAAAAAUUUUAAACCAGGUACCUUGAUAGGCAAUACAAUAUACACAAAAUACCGAAGAAAAAAUGAUGUGGCAACACAAUACAUGAAUCAUUUGAAGUAUUUGAAGAAACAUCAGAUGUCACAAACAAAAAAUUACAUCUAUUUGAUACAGAAUAUUUACAAAUUCAUACUGUACAAUGAUUGGCUUGUGCUAGGACACUUGUGUUACACGUAUUUGCAAAAAACAGACAAUAUUUCUCUGCCAUAACAAUUUUGAAUGUUAAAAUAGUAUCAAAAUGUAUUCCCCUAUCUCCUAGUUCUUCCUAGUCCUUUCUCUCUUGAUCAUAUCUCACUUUUUUUGUCAACAGGAAGUGCAGACCAGAACAAUCGGAGGGACAAUGACAGAGUAUCUAAUUCUGAGAGAAUAAUGAAAUCAAAGAAACUUAAAAACAGCUGUUCUUUUGUUAGAUUCGAAAUUAGUUAUAUUUAUUGAUUUAUGUGCUUCAUUUACUAAUUCUAUGUUUGUAUUAUUAUUAAGUGUUUACAUAUUUUUUUAACUGAAUGGAUGAAUCUCCUAUUAAAAUGUCUAAUUUGAGUACAAGAAGACAUAUCAAAAUGAUAUAAAGAUCAGCAUAACAUUAUAAAAUCGUUUACUAAAUAAUAUAAAUGAAACAAGUGAUUUUUCAAGUCAAAAAGUUUCUUUGAUUACAUGACUGAAGGUGUAAUGUAUUAUAUACAUUUUAUCUUGCAGAUGGUGUACAUUGAUUGAUGACUGAGGAUGGGAAAGCAGAACAAAAAUAAUCAAGUUUUGAUUACAGGUUGUCCAGUAAGUUCAAGGUGGAGGCUCAUAAGAAAUGAUUAUAAUGUACUUUUUUCAGGAACCAAGAUAGGGUUGUAUAUUGUCUUUUAUCUAUAUAUUGAUGGUAGCUGUUUUGUAAGGUGAGUUUCAAAACAUAUUGUAUCCUUUUCCUAUCCACCAUUGAAUAAAACUUGUGUAAUACUAGUAAUAAUAAUAAUUCAUGAAUAUAUUAUCAUUUAAUUUAAUAAAUAAUACUAUUGCAUAAUA